AUGGGCACGGCUUCUUCCUUCUCGUUUCCGCUUCUUAUCGCAACCUCCAUUUCUCGUUCCUCGAAACCGCGUCUCGUCGUGGUGGGUUCUUCCGAAGGCGGUGCCUCUUCCUCAGCAACCAAAUUGCUCACUUUUCUCGGCAAAGGUGGCUCUGGCAAAACCACCGCAGCUAUUCUCGCCGCCCAGCAUUAUGCUUUGGCUGGGUUGAAUACAUGUUUGGUAAUACAUAACCAAGACACGACGGCUGACUAUCUCCUCAACUGUAAGAUUGGAACUUCUCAUAUUACAUGCUGCAAGAACCUUUCUGCUGUUAGGUUGGAAACAACCAAAAUGCUUCUUGAACCUUUGAAACUUCUGAAGCAAGCAGAUGCCCAACUUAAUAUGACUCAGGGCACACUUGGAGGGAUUGUUGGAGAAGAGCUUGGCAUUCUUCCUGGGAUGGACUCUAUCCUAUUGGUACUUGCACUGGAGAGACUUGUGGGGUUUUUGGGGAUUUCUGCAUCAAACAGUCGGCAGGAUAAAUUUGACUUAAUAAUAUAUGAUGGUUUGAGCAGUGAGGAAACCCUGCGAAUCAUGGGUGGAAGCAGUAAAGCAAGAUUGUACUUGAAAUAUCUCCGUACUUUGGCUGAGAAAACUGAACUUGGGAGAUUGGCUGCUCCUUCACUACUGAGACUCGUGGAUGAGGCCAUGCUAAUAAGUAGCAACAGAUCUUAUUUUAGUGGGAAAAUGAGUUCAGAAAUAUGGGAUACUUUGGAUCAAAUGCUUGAGAGAGGAUCUUCUGCAUUCUUAAACCGACAGAAAUUUGGUUGCUUCCUUGUGAUGGAUCCAAAUAAUCCAACAUCGAUUAAAUCUGCAAUACGAUAUUGGGGGUGUACAAUUCAGGCAGGUGCUCAGGUUUCUGGUGCUUUUGGAAUCACCUCUCAGCAAGAAAGUUUAGAAUCAUUAGAAAGAGCAAGGAAAGAAUUUUCUCCUUUGCCUUCUGCUUUCAUUUCAAGAUUGUCAAUGAAUAAUCCUAUAGAUUGGGGCAGAGUUCUUCUGGAUACUGACAACGAAGAUGCCAGGAAUCUUCUUAAUUCACUUCCAAGUCAAGAUGGUAAUUUGCCAUCACCAGUUAGCUUUGAUAGAAAAGGAAGGUCGGUUACUCUCUUCAUGCCAGGUUUUGACAAAUCAGAGAUCAAGCUAUACCAAUAUAGGGGAGGAUCUGAGCUAUUGGUAGAAGCAGGAGACCAAAGACGGGUCAUUCCUUUGCCACCAGAAAUUCAAGGGAAAGUUGGGGGAGCCAAAUUUAUGAACAGAAGUCUUGUUAUUACAUUGCUGUGA